AUGGAGUCUGGCGACAUGCACCCGAAACCAGCAUCUCCCAUAGAGGAAGAUUAUCGUCCUCCGCUACCACCUCGACCAUCUAUGACUACUGCCGACACGGCAUCCCUUCAAGGCCAGGCGACCACAGCCAUAACUCCCCUCGAGAUACAAACACUGUCAUUUCCUGAUGGAUCUCGUGGGACGUUCUCAACUCCUGGCCCAGACUCUCAUCCGAGCCCCGCCGAUAGCGGUCAUGCCUCUCCCGCUCGACAGGAUAGCAGUGCCAGCGGUGAGGCAAACGAAACAGCCAGUAUCAUGAGUUUUGCGCCAACGAUGCGACCUGCUGGCGAUAUUGCAAGCUUGAUUGGCGGAGACUUACAUAAGAAGAGCCUGGCCUGGAAAAUGCUGCGUACUCAGUCCGCUACCGUUCUACCUUUCGAAGAAGGCAGGGUAGGCGCGGACGAUCGGUUUGCUGAAUUUCAUCACGAGUUCGACCCUGUCCCGGAGGAUUAUGAUGAAGAGGUCGAGAAUGACAUUCUGCACCUGUGGAAAUCGAAACUGAAACACUACUUGAUUCUAUCAUCAGCCGGAAAGCCCAUCUGGAGCCGUUACGGAGAUCUGAGUCUGAUCAAUUCCUCCAUGGGUGUGGUUCAAACUAUCAUCUCGUUUUAUGAAGGCGCAAAGAACCCGCUUCAGGCCUUUUCUGCCGGAGACACUCGCUUUGUUAUAUCAACCAAAGGCCCCCUCUACUUUGUCGCUAUUAGCAAGCUUGGCGAAAGUGACUCGCAGCUACAGGCACAAUUAGAUGCGCUAUAUAUGCAGAUUCUCUCAACAUUAACCUUACCCAGACUAACUCACAUCUUUGCCAACCGACCUUCGACAGAUUUACGGAAACCUCUUGAAGGGACUGAGGGUCUAUUAUCGUCCCUGGCGGAUACCUUCACCAAGGGCUCAGCCUCGGCUCUACUUGGAUCGCUGGAGUGUCUCCGGCUUCGAAAGUCUCAAAGACAUGCUAUAAAUAACACUUUCCUAAAACUACGGACCGAAAAGUUGUUGUACGGCCUCAUUGUGGCUGGUGGAAAACUUGUCAGCGUCAUCCGUCCCCGUCGACAUUCUCUUCACCCCAGCGACCUGCAACUUAUUUUCAACAUGCUUUUUGAGAGUGACGGCAUCAAGGGUGGCGGUGGAGAGAACUGGAUUCCCAUUUGCCUUCCCGCUUUCAACAACAAAGGCUACCUUUAUAUGUACGUCAGUUUCUUCGACGGUACCACCGGGGAGCAAGCGAGUUCCCCUGCAGCUGCACAAGGACGAUCAUCGGAGGAGGAAAUUGCAAUGAUCCUUGUGAGCCCAGAUCGCGAGAGCUUCUUUGAGCUGAAGAAGAUGCGCGAUAACGUUGCCCAACAACUUGCUAAAAAUGGGACACUGGCUAUCAUCCAAAAUGCCACACGGACUGGCCGUCCAAAGGUGCAUGAAAUUGCCCCAGGGAGUCAAGUCAGCCACUUCCUCUACAAAUCACGAGCCAAUGUACAAUUUUGCAUGGCGUCAUUGGAGCCACACUUCACGGGCCUCGUUGAGCGCAGAAGAUUAAUGACGGUGUAUGAUGAGCUGCACGCAUCAAUUCAUGCCAAACACUCCCACCUCAAGGUGUUACACUCGAUUGGAGAAGAUGCCACAUCACUAGCAUGGACUACGCCCAUCUUUGAAUUUUAUUGUGUGGCAGGACCUAACGUGUCGAGAGCGACCAUAACACAAGGGGCGAACAAGAUCAUUCAAUGGGCUAAGAGGGAAGAAGAACGCCUUUUCAUUAUUGGCGGUGGUGUAUUCUGA